AUGUCUUUAAAUAACCACAAAGACGGUAAAAGAAUAAAACCGGAAAAGGCGAAUAGACUUCUUGAAAUAGCUUAUAAAGCAAUACAAGAUGAUGUGCAUUCGAUGCUGCAAGAAAAUAAUGCUAUGUUGGAAAAAAGUUUGCAAAAGGCAGCUUCCGACGCCAAAGAAAAACUUGAUUCUGCAAUGCGUGUCGUAAAAGCAAACUUAGAAUAUUUACAUAAAGAAAAUCUUGAUCAGAAAAAGAAAAUACAGGAGUUGGAAGAUAUUAUCAAAACCAUGCAAACAGAGAGGGACGAGCUAACUGAAAAGCUCAAAGAAGAAGCGAAGCAAGGGACGAAGGAUGAGACUGAAACAGGUGAUCAACCCGGGACCUCCAAUAGUUGCGAACCAAACAUAUCGAAAGAUGGUCUGAAGAUAAACUUUGAGAAAGAGGUCAGCGGCAAAAAUACGAUGAUAGCUUGCGAGGUCGCUGCUGUGUCAGAAGGAGGUGACAUGAGGUUUUUAGAAGCUCUAGACACGAAUGAUACAAGAGCUAUGAUAAAUAAAAAUGCCGAAAUACCUGAUAUGGAAAACGGAAACAGCAAUACUGAAGGCUCGGUCAAUGUAACAGGAAUUGAAGGAACUUUCGCAGGUUGUGGAAAUGUGAACGUGCAAAAAAAUGAACAGAACAUUUUUCUUCCGGGCGACAAAAGAAACAUUGAAGUUGACGAAAACGGUGAACCAGUGGAAUACAGCAGAGCAGAUCAAAACGAAUUGUCUGAAUAUCUGGAUCGAGUCCGGGACGAAGCAGCACAGGAUGGAAACGCGGGUGAAGCCGUCGAAUUGAGCCCCGAUGAGAAACAGCAAAAGGGUUUGAUUCGCGUUGCUAAUAUAUAUAAAAAGGAAGGUACAUCCAAGAAUUUUAUUCAACUUUGUGAACUCCUUGUCAAUAUGACACCAGCUCAGCUGCGAUCAUUGGGUCCUCAUUUUCAACACAUCACUCAGAUAGAUUUGAGCAAUAUUCAAAUGAACUAUGCAUUGAUGGCAAACUUUUUUCGGUGUUUUGAGAAAAAACGAUUCCAAUGGCUUCUGUUGAGAUAUUCUCUGCUCGAAUACUUGGACAUGAGUCACUGUUCAUUUGACAGUACGGCAUUUAUCAACAUGGCUCCUUUAAUUUCACACGUUGACAAUCUCAUUGUUAAAUCAUUGACAAUGGCCAGAAUAAUAGCAAAGGAAUCUGUGACGACAUUCUCUGCUGAAGAUGCUGGACAACUGGCUGAAAGUAUCCUAGAUUGUGACCAAACAUUAUCAUUGGAUAUGUCAUACAGUUAUUUUGAAGAUGGCGUCAUAAAAGCAUUUUCAGAUUGCUUACCAAAGUUAUCAAAAUUUUCUCUUCGUUUCGGAAAAUUGAGCACCAACGGACUGAAAAUGGCACUCGAAAAAGUUGUAAAAAUGCAAAAGCUUGAUUUGACUGGCGUUGCCCUCGGAAAUGUCGGAGUGCGGAUAAUGUCAGAACAUCUUCACAAAUUCAAUAUUCUUGUGCUAAGCAAUGUCAUGCUUGACGAUGAAGGAGUACAACCAUUGAUGGAUGCUGUAGAAAAAUUACCAGAAAAUUCCUUGAAGAUUCUGGAUAUUUCUUUAAAUCCAAUCAAUACUGCUAACAUAUCGCGUUUCUUGAAGACACUAGGAAACUUGAAACUUCUGAUGUUCUUUGCCAGCCAGAUGGAGUACCAGAAACAUAAGGAAGUAGUAGACGAAGAAAAGAUUCUACUCAGUGAAGUCAUAAACGGAAAAAUCAAACGACUGGAUGAAAGCAAUGAUAAUCUCAAUGCAACCAUAUUCACACAUUGGAUAGCUUGUGUAAAACCAGUUGACAAUAUUAUUAAAAAAUACGUUGCUGAAUUGAUCCGAUUAUAUGAAGAAGAAAAACAUGGAAUGCAAGAUUCUGAGUUCCGCUGCAGUAAGUGCAAGACACAUAUUGCAUUUAAAAUGGAUUCCAUACAAAACCCGUGCGCCUUUUUACACCAAGAUCGUAAAAUGUUGGGGCUCUUGGAGAGUUCGUCUUUUACUGCUGUUUCUCACGCAACAUCGUGUGUUCCUGAUUCCAACUCUAAUAAAAAACAUCACUGUUCAACUCCAAAUUGCCAAGUCCGUGGUUACAAGUUUCACAAAUGUAGAUGUGUCAACUGCAAACAAAAUAUCGGAGGAUACUACGACCACAAAAAUGGAGGGAAAUUUUGGUGUCUGUAUCAAGAAUCUCAAAAUUCUUCCGAAGUUGGUAGUUCUAAAGCAGCAUGCCGUCAAAUGUAA